AUGUCAACUAAAAUAGUAACAAUAUGGCAGGACGAUAGUGAUGUUAAUACUAGUGGUAGUGAAUUGCACAAUGAAAAUAAUGCUAGUGCUAGUGGUAUGAUAAAUAAUGAAUUAGAAUCAUACAAUGAAAGUAAUAUUAGUAUUAAUGAUG